AUGGAUUAUAGGUUGACUUAUUUUGGAUUUCCUUCUGUUCUUGAAGGUUAUUCGGAUGCAAGUUGGAUUACCAAUAUGGAAGAUCAUUCUUCCACAAGUGGUUGGGUAUUCCGUCUUGGAGGUGGUGCUAUAUGUUGGGCAUCAAAGAAACAAACUUGUAUCACGAAUUCAACAAUGGAAUCGGAGUUUGUGGCAUUAGCAGCAGCUGGUAAAGAAGCUGAACGGCUAAGAAAUCUAAUAUAUGAAAUUCCAUUGUGGCCUAAACCGGUAUCACCUAUAUCUAUCAGAUGUGAUAGUGCAGCUACCUUGGCUAAUGCAUAUAGUCAAGAGAAAUUACCAUUUCCUGCUCAGAAAUAUCGGCAGUACGGAACGCUACUAUCUCCACACUAUGAAGAGGCUGUGGUUUCUCAGUUUCUGGACCAGUUCGCGGAGAGCGUCGAUCUAAUCGGAAGGAUCGUGGAGGACGAGAGAGAUGCGUACCGGAAUCAGCUUAGGGUUCAGGUUUCGAGAGCGGCGGAGAUUUUCACGUGCCUGAGAUCGAACAAGCAGAUGAUGCGGCGGAAUGUGAUGGCGUAUUUGAGGAAUUGCGGCUACAAUGCGGCGGUUUGCAAGACAAAGUGGGAGAGCUCCGGCGGAUUGAGCGGCGGAAGCUACGAAUUCGUCGACGUCGUGCGGGGGGAUUCCGCAUCGAGAUACGUCGUCGAUUUGGAUUUCGCGGCGGAGUUCGCGAUCGCGCGGCCGGCGAGGUCGUACGAGUGUUUGUUGCAGCGAUUGCCGCGGAUCUACGUCGGAACGGCGGAGGAAUUGAGGCAGAUUUUGAGAGCGGCGAGCAACGCGGCGAGGUGGUCGAUGAAGUGCGGCGGCCUGAUUUUGCCGCCGUGGAGGAAGCACCGGUUCAUGCAGAGCAAGUGGCUAGGGCCGUACAGGCGGACGACUAGUCUGAUUUCUUCUGCGGCGAAUCGCAGUAACGGCGUCAAAUGCCGUGCUGUUGGUUUUGACGCCGCAGCUAACGGCGGUCGUUUGGUGUUUCCCGCGGCUGCUAGAACGAGAUGACUAAUUAACAAAAAGAAUACCAAUAUCGUCGGGGCAAACUGUAUGUAAAGUAAUGAACUUUCUAGAUAGUUUAAUUUUUUCCGUAAACUUUAAAUGAGUCCUGAAUUUUACUAGAUUAUACUUCCUCCGUCCCAUUAAAAAUGCAACAUUUGCUUUUCGGCACA